UGUUUUUCUUGUUGCCCGGGCGGGCCUGGCGGCGGGCGGGCUGCUACUCUCGGAUGAGCGGGCUCUAGGACUCUCGGAGGUGGGAGUCUUGUAUUUUCGGGUAGAAACCAAACCCUAGAGUCCCGGAAAGUCUUGGACAACAUGGCUGCUGAUUACAAUAUGCUAUCGAUUGCAGAGUGUGGCUAAUAUAAGCAGUUUGGCUUCCCAAGUUGACGCUUAUGCUAAGUUAGCGCUAGCCGACGUUCGGGAUAACUUGACUUAGCAUUAGCAAAAAAAAAAAAAAAGCUAACUAAUUUACCGCUGUUGUGUUCCACUCGAAUCGACUAUAAUGUCAUAUGUAUGACCCGAAUAAGAACCCGAUUCGAGUUUUGCUAAUUUGAAACUCUUGUGUGAAGAGCUCAGCCUGGUUGCGUUUUGUCGCUUCUUGUUAGCAUGUUAGCAUAGCUAGCUCAACUAAACUAGUGCUCUGUGACGUAACUCGCUCGUUGUUUUGACAGCGUCUUAUCCGGAGCGGCGAACGUCAGCCAACUAUCGUCUUUUAUGCUUUUCGCCGUAUUUAUUUACGAUACACAAGUAGUUACUAUUCACGGUUCAAGCUUGUCCGUUCUUGGGUUUGUUUGUGUUUACAGCAUGAGUUUCAUAUUGCCAGUCCAAAGCCGUGCACUGACAUGCUUGUUUGUUUCAAUCCCGAGACACCAUGUCAACACACGUGUUUUUGCAGCUGUAGGAUGGAUCCAGACAGCGGCGCAGACGCACAAAAAGCUGUGAGUUUGCAAUGGACGAGCUUCAAACUGGUCCAGGACCCGGCUACCAGACGGGUGGCGCAGAAGAUCUACAGAUACGAUGGAGUGCAUUUCAGUGUGCCUGACUCUGGAUUCCCACCUGUGGGUGAACUGCGGGACCCGAGACCCCGCAGAUUAUGGUCCAGGUAUACAGAGAUGGUCCUGCCAGUGCCAAAGUUUAAGCUGGACGAGUUCUACGUGGGUCCGAUCCCCCUAAAAGAGGUAACUUUCGCCCGGCUCAACGACAACAUCAAGGAGCCCUUCUUGGCCGAGAUGUGUGCCAAGUUUGGCGAGGUGGAGGAGAUGGAAAUCCUGUUCCACCCCAAAACCAGGAAGCACUUAGGCCUGGCCCGGGUGCUGUUCACCAGCACACGCGGUGCCAAGGACACAGUCAAGCAGCUACACAACACCUCAGUCAUGGGCAACAUUAUCCACGCGCAGCUGGACAUCAAAGGCCAGCAAAGGCAGAAGUAUUACGACCUGAUUGUGAAUGGUUCCUACACGCCCCAAACGGUACCCCUGGGGGGCAAGGCCUUAGUGGACUGCCUCACACCGCAGACCCCCACACAGCCACAGCCUGAUGUGGCUGCGGAUAUCCGGCGGCGUCUCUCCAGUGAGCUGGCUGUGUUGGCGGCGGGUGUCCAGCAAGCCCUCAAGUCCGGAAACAUCACCCCUGGCUCUGCGGAUACCGGUUUCGGUGAGCAGCGCCUGGACACGCCCCCAUCCUCCUCCUCCGUGACGGGCCCUUACACUUCGGGGUCCUCAGCGUCCUCGCAGAGCGGGACGCCAUACAGCUCCAGAUCCGGGACGCCGUUCUCUCAGGAGUCCGGCUAUUCCGGUGCCAGGCACAGUGGCUACAACUCAGGCACUUUGGGAAGCGGUUACCCCCCUCAGGACAUGCUGCCUUCCUCCUCCUCCUCCUCUGCGGUUUCGUCCACAGUAGGUGGCGGAUUCAAAGUGUCCCGCUACUCCGAGGACGUCCACGAACCUUCGUUGUACCACCGAGGUCGUCCCGGGUACCUCCCUGCCGCCUCGUACCGUCCCAACGAGCCGCCUUGCUACCCACCGUACCCUAAUGCGGGAGGACCCGGCCCCCACAUGGCGCACCACUCUGCCAUGCACCCGCUGCCUUUAGGGUCCCAGUAUGAACAGCCUCUCAUGACUGAGCGGGACAGAGACUCGGGAGGGCGUUAUGGGGCGGUGGGCGGCAUCUCCAGGCGGGCGUCUUACCAUCACCAGCAGGACGCCAACUCCUCCUCCUUGAAGUAUCAUUCCCAUCAUUCGCAUCAUCACUCGGAGCGCCGGGAAGAGCGGGGCUACCGGCGUGAACGCGUGGGCUCACGCUCAGGCGACCACGGGCAUCAGCGGCACCGCAACCACCACCACUCGCACAACCACCACAGCAGCCGCAGGAAGAGCAGCCACGACCGCGACAGGGACCGGGAGCGGGAUGGAGACUACUCUGGCAACUCCGACCCCAGAUACAAUUCCAACUCGUACCGCUCUUCCUCCAACAGUAUGUCCCCACCACCCUCGUCCUACUCUGCGUAUUCUUCCUCCAAAGAUCCCACCCCAACCCCUCCUCAGGGAUUGGAUGCGUCCGCUCGUCUGGGGGGCACGAGCCUCCCGGAGAGGGGCCCUGCACCCUCAGUGGGUGCCCUUCCGCCACCCCUUCCCCCACCGCCACCGCCCCUGCCACCGGCAUCCGUUAUUGCUGCAGCUGUGGCCGAAACGCUGGGCACACUUGAUUUCAACCAGGAUAGUCCUACCAGAGAGGAGCAGUGGACCAAGCCCAAACGCCGUCCCAGCACGCCACCGGUCCCGCCAAAGACACCACCACCUUUGUCCCCCUCCCAUUCCUCCAUCGCCUCCUUAGCCACUUCACCUUCCUCCACCUCCCUCCCCCAGCAGCCUCCCACAUCCGGUACCUCACCAUCAGGCCGCCGACGUGGUUCUGCCUCCCCGGAGCCGGACUCUACCAAUGAAAGCUUACCAUUCGCCUACCAUAGCAGCAGCCUGGACUCGCGCAUUGAGAUGCUCCUCAAGGAGCAGAAGGCCAAGUUCUCCUUCCUUGCUUCCGAUGAGGAAGAUGAGGUGGAGAAGCAGAGGGGUACACGGUCAGAAGGCGGGACGAAAAGAGGGCGACCUGGUACUGACACGGUCGAGCUCACGGGCGCCAACCAGGCAGGCAAUGGCAGGGACAAGGAGAGGGGCAAAGGGGAUCGUGACCGAGACUGCCUCAGGAAACGAGGUAAGGUCGCCGACGUUCGGAAGAGUCCCGACAAGCCGCCGGCUUCCACGCCGUCAUCUUCCACGUACUCACCUCAUGUGCCGCCCCCGGAAGAGCCCUUGCCGCCGAUCGGCCCCACUGGGACGGACGUGGCCCCGGAGGAGUCGACACAGGACCAGAGUACUGACGCACGCAGCAGGACAGGAGCACACACGCCACCUUACAACGGACAGAGUCAGUCCUCCCCUCAUUCCUCCGGGGAAGACAUGGAGAUCUCUGAUGAGGAGGAGGGCGAGGUGUCCAUCACGACGGUUACCACCCACCAGUCCUCCAUCACCUCCUGCUCCUCGCCGUCAUCCACCCAGGCGGUCAUGCCAUCACAGGCGGCGGACCCCUCGUCGUCGUCGCACCCGCCCAUCUCUGAGUCGGCACAGCACUUUGGCACCUCCGUGCAACCGCCUAUCCCCUCCUACCCGCCCCACCUGCCGCCCCCGCCGGGAUACUCCCUGCAGCCGCCCCCGCCUCCUGGGAUUCCGCCGCCGCCCCUCAUGGAGCUGCACACUGAGUAUCCUCCGCCCAUGCCUCACCACAUGUAUGACUAUGCCAGCUCAAUGGAGCUAAUGAACCAAUACACUGGUGGGGCGCCCAUGUCCUUCCAAAUGCAGACGCACAUGCUCAGUCGCCUGCACCAGCUGCGCAUGGCAUCGUCGAAUGGCACGACAGGCCCGGGCGAGGCCGCCACCGGGGACUAUUCCUCCUACCACCUGCAAUCACUGCCGCCCCCGCACCACCCUUACAUGGAACAAGAAGGGAGCGGGGCAGCCGCACACUACGAGCAGGAUCACCGCUAUAUGCCCCCCCACAUGCCUCCCUACCCUUACACUGACCCGCACGGCAACCAGAUGCCGCCUCCUUCGCACCUCCCCCCUCCACACACUGCAUGGCCACCGCACAUCUUAGCUGCGCACUAUCCCUCCUACAUGCCGCCGCCCACCUACGGCACCAUGCCACCUGGUGAGGGUGGUGAGUACCAGACCUCCGCCGAGGAGAUAUCCCUGCUCCCCGAGAAUCCUCACGAAACCACCGUGCAGAUGGCGCUGGCCACGCUCAUCCAGGAAAUGAAGAACAUAAUGCAGAGGGACCUGAACCGCAAGAUGGUGGAGAACAUCGCCUUCGCCACCUUUGACGAGUGGUGGGACAGGAAGGAGACCAAAGCUAAGCCAUUCCAGACAAUGUCGGCCUUGCGUGAUGAGGAGAAAAAAGAGGAGAAAGUGAACCGUCCUCGCGAGCCCUUCAUGUCUCUGGUGGAUUGGGCCAAGAGCGGCGGUGUGGAGGGCUUCUCCCUGCGGGGAGCACUCAGGCUACCAUCCUUCAAGGUGAAGAGGAAAGAGCCUCAGGAACUCAUGGAAGGAGACAUGAAAAGGCCGCGACCGUCAACGCCGCCUGAUGAGGACGACGAAGCAGCUGACGGGAGAAUGCCGGAUACUGGCCGAGCGGGACGGGACAACAAGAGAAGGAAAAAGAAGCCCAGGAGUCGAAAACCUUGGGAGCUGGACAGUGAGGGAGAGGAGACGUCGGACGGUUCCUCCUCUGAAAAGGAUGAUGGGGAAGUGGAGGCGAGUGACAAGUCUGAUGACGACGCCCUUAGCGCUGACAGUGAUGACGAGAGCCUCUCCUCGUCCUCUGAGGGCUCUUCCUCUUCAGGGUCCUUGUCCUCGUCCUCCUCCGAGGACGAAGAGGAGGAAGGGGAAAGGCCCGACAGUGACGGACUGGACACCAUGGAUGAGUCCACCAUGGACAGCACGGUGGAAAAAGAUGGCCGGGGGAAGAUAUUAACAAAGGCAGAGCUCAAAAUUGGUAGAGCCAAAGACAGCCAAGCGGGACUCCUCUCCAAGCGGCCCCCGUCCCCUCCGUACCCACGUCCUCCGUCCCCCGUGGCCCCUGUCCCCCCUCUCAAAAAGCGCAGAAAGACAGUCUCCUUCUCCACCGAAGAGGACAGCAAAGCUCUGUCAUCAUCUUUGCCACCGUCGCUGUCGUCGCCUUCCUUGCAAACACCGGGCGAGGCUCCCCCCCACUUGCCCACCAGACCCUUGGACACUCGCACGGCUACUGUCCCGCGUACCGCUCACGGGAUCCAGCUUCUCCCCUUCGCAUCGAAACCGGGGGAGGGCAAUGCUCUUAUUGUGCCGCCGUGUGGACGGUCUCCGGAUUCGGAGGAGUCCAAAAGGGUCUCCCCUCAAAUUACUCCCACCAAAGCUGCCGGGAAACGGGGCUCAUUCAAAGACUCUCUCAAAUCCUCUGCCUCCGCUGUCAUGGUGUGCCGCACUGUGCAGAACCUCCCACUGGACCAUGCAUCCAUGUGCAGGAUUGCCUUUGAGGAGGCACCCCCUGUGUCUCUCCUCAGCAAACGACCCAGAGGAAAGUCCCGGACCACCACCAUUCCUACUUCCCUCCGAGAAGAAGACGAGGAUGAGAAGGAGCAGAGGCUGAGGCUCCGGGAGCAGCUCGGAGCAUCCAGCCUGCUCCAGUUGGCAUCAGCCUCCACCGCUGACUUGUCGGUGCUGGCCGAUGUGGCCCUGAAGAUGGAACCCGACGCUGGAGACUCUGAAGAGACUGAGACGUCGGACGAGGCCGAGGAGCAGAAGAUGGAGGCUGGCUUCUUCUCCGAGGAGGCUCUGCUCCGUGUCAUGAGCCCAGAGAGCUUGGUGGUCUUCAUGGAGCACAACUACUGCAGACCCCCCAUCCUCUCAGCACCACCGGCCCUGAAGAAGACCUCCUCCAAGCAGGAGUCCUCUGUCCUGCUCCCAGCCGACCUCAAUGCUAUGUCUGGGGUGCUAGAGGCGCCCGAGGAGGUCAUUGGCGAGGCGCUUCCCCCAAGAGGUGAUUCGGGAGAGUACUUGGGAUUGCUGUCUGAGGAGUCGAGCCAGGCCACCUCUACACAUCUUCCGGCCAAGAAGCCACUGGUGGGCAAAGCGAUAGAGCUUGAGAAGAGUAAAAAUAGGAGAAGUAAAGACAAGGAAAAUCUGGAGGUUCUUCCAACAAAGAUACAGAAGGAGACGCCAGCCAUGAAACAAAAGAAACGCAAACUAGAGGACUCCGACGCAGAAGAGGAUGUGGAUGUAGAGGAGCUGGAGUCUGGCGAGCUGACAAGCACCGACUCGGAGGGCGAGUCUGCAGUGGUGGUGGAGGACGUGAGGAAGAGCGAGCGCCUCUUCCUCCAGGAGGCCGGUGUGACGUCCAACAAACCCCUGCCGUCCGCCGAGCCUCCGGCGAUAAAGUACGAGAACCGCAGCGAGUUCGAGCAGAUGACUAUCCUAUAUGACAUCUGGAAUUCGGGCCUUGACGGCGAGGACCUGAUGCUGCUGAAGACCACGUACGAGAAGCUGCUCCAGGAUGACCACAACUCUGACUGGCUCAAUGACACCCACUGGGUGCAGCACACUGUGACUAACUUGCCCAACCCUCGACGGAAGAAAAGGAACGUGGACGGGCAGCUGCGCGAGCACGUGACUGGCUGCGCCAGGAGCGAAGGAUACUACGCCAUCAGCCGUAAGGAGAAGGACGUCUACCUGGACUUGGACCUACCCGAGCAGGUCAUACGGGAGGUAGAGAACGUCGAUAGCUCGGGCACCAACCGCUUGCUGUCGGAGCGACGUUCAGAGCAGCGGCGCCUCCUCACGGUCAUUGGCACACCGGCCGUCAUGGACUCUGACCUGCUCAAGCUCAACCAGCUCAAGUUCCGCAAGAAGAAGCUUCGAUUCGGACGCAGCAGGAUCCAUGAGUGGGGUCUGUUCGCCAUGGAGGCCAUCGCUGCCGACGAGAUGGUCAUCGAGUAUGUGGGUCAGAACAUACGACAGAUGGUGGCGGAUAAUCGUGAGAAGCGCUACGCCCAGCAGGGCAUCGGCAGCAGCUACUUGUUCCGAGUUGACCACGACACCAUCAUUGAUGCCACCAAGUGUGGAAACCUGGCACGCUUUAUCAACCACUGCUGCACUCCCAACUGCUACGCCAAGGUGAUCACACUCGAGUCCCAAAAGAAGAUCGUCAUCUACUCCAAGCAGGCCAUCGCCGUCAAUGAGGAGAUCACGUAUGACUACAAGUUCCCACUGGAGGAGAACAAGAUUCCAUGCCUGUGCGGCACCGAGAACUGUCGCGGCACACUCAACUAACGCUCCUGUCGCCAUCAUCCCCACCCGCCCAAAAAAAAAAAACAUGUCCACGCCUUGCACUUUGGUGGCCGUUUUGACCCCCCCACCUGACCCUGCCCCACUCUCGGAAGGUCCACACUUAUCCACGCACAAGGAAGGCAAACACAAAAUUCAGGGUUUUAGAACUUUUAAUCUGACACGUUCUUCUUCUGUUCUAAAAGUGUUCUCCUUGUUUUGGGAUGUUUUUUUUUGUGUUAGUAUUAUCUGAUAUUACUGUUCUGAAAUAGUGUUUCAAGCUUCCAUGUGAUCCAGAUCCAUAAGUUAUCUGCAAUUUUAAAACAAAAACGGAAUGUCCUCCCUGAGUUAGUUCUCUUAUUGUUUUUAUGGUGCCAUUUCCGUGUCGUCGUUUUUUUUUUAUUUUGAAUUAUUUCUACCAAAUUCCUGCAGGUUUUGUCAUCGCUGUGUGUUUGCACAAGUCUGUUUUUAACAGGCACUUUUUUCUUCUUUAUUUUGCAUUGGGUCAUAAAAACAAACAAAAAGAAGGGGCGUGGGGUAACUCAAGGUUAUUUUUUACUGACAAGAUAUUUCAACAAAAAAAAAAAAAAAAAAGGCAACGGACA